CAGGUGAACAACAAUACUUCAAUUAUAAAUUUAUUUUUUUAUGUUAUUUCAGAUGUCUGAACCUGACCUUUAUGACUUCAUGAGAAGUCGCAAUAUUAAAGAUGAUAUUAUAAGAACAUUGAUAGAGGAAAAGAUAGAUUCCCAAACUAUCAUUCACAUGUCAGAAGAGGAAUUGACAAAGUUUGUGCCGCUGUAUGGGGAUCGCAAAGCAAUAAUAGCGUUUAGCAGGGACAGAAAAGACACGUCUUGUGAAAAGAAAAAGAAGACAAAGACGUCGUUAAUGAAAAAACUUCGGGCAAAAGUGAAUGCAAUAAAGGGAGGGGCCUCUUAUAGUAGUGGAGAUGAGGAUGAGGAUGAAAAAGAUGUACGUAGUUCUUUCAGUAAGAAACUGAAAGGCAACAAGAACGCAGAAAAAAAGAAACGUCUUGUGGAUCUAAGCUGUUUCCAUCAUGACGGUGAUGCAUAUCAUCAGAUACGAGGAAACAAGGGCGGUGGCCCUAAGUCGUUUGACAUGGAAAAAUUUGAUACGAUGGGACAAGUAUUAGACCUUGCCAAACAGCUGUAUUUUCCAAAUGGACACAACGCAAUGAGAGGUAAAUCACAGAAUUUGAGAUAA